GACCGCAAUUCUAGCAGGCUUGAAAUUUCCGUUGGUCAGGCUAGAUUCCCACCAAGUACAAGCUAAGGUUACAAUUUUAGAGCCUGGAAGUCUGUGUUGCUGGUUUGUUGCAAGCCUUAGUAGCUUGUUCUUUUUGUGGCUACUAUUGUCGGAGCCUGCGUGCUGCUGGUUUUUGUUCCACUAGCGGUUUUUCUAGUUGUUUAAUGAGGUGGUAUUUGAGAUUGGUUCCCCUUUUGAUUGUCCCCACGUAUGAUUUUGAUCGGAGGAUCUUUUCUUCCAUACAUCGAUCACAAUUGAACCUCCUUGCCCAACUCUCUCUCUCUCUCUCUCGAUCUCUCUCUCGAUUGGCAUAUCUUUUUCUCCAUAAUCGAUGACAAUUGCACCCCUUCCCCAACCUCUCUCUCUUCUUUCUCUCCCUCUCUCUUUCGCUCUCUCUCGAUUGCUAUCUUUCUUCUAUACAUAGAUCACAAUUGCACCCCCUUCCCCCAACUCUUUAUCUCUCUCUCUCUCUCUCUCUCUGGAUUGACCGAUCUUUUUCUUCUAUACAUCGAUCACAAUUGCACCCCCUACCCAUCUCUCUCUCUCUCUCUCUUCCAAUUGAUCAUCUCAAAUGGUGAGAUCUUUUCCUAUAAUUUUGUUUUAGUGUUUAUUUUUCACUUAUCAAUAAAAGAAGAAAAGAUUGUUUCCGCAGCUAAGGCUUUUGAUGAGCUGGCUUUGUGAAGGCGCUGAUGUACAAAUCAUUCUUGAGAAUGGGGAGGUUGAAUCGGCAAGGAAGAAAGCAGAGAACAGACGCAUGGCGAGGUGGCUAAGGGCAAAGAAUCUAUCAGUUAAACGAAAGAAAAAAGCACUGCGGAGGAUUAAGAGAGUGAACCACCUACUUAUUGCAGAGAAUAGACGCAUGCAAGAAUUGGUCGACGUUUUUCUGCUUACGGUUGAAGCAGAUAACAAUCGUGUUCGCGAGAUGAAUGCAGCUAUCCAAGGAAUGAAUGAUCUCAACCUCGAUGGAAACUAUAAUAUUACUACUGUGAACCAAGUUCAACCUUGCUCUAGCAGUGGCAGCGCCGCUGAUAGCGACAACAAUGGUUAUAACCGUGGUGGUGGAGGCGGAAACAACGGUGGUGGACUCCAUGAGUAGGGUGAUGUUGGAGCCCGUUGGCCGUUAGUCAAGAAGUAACUGUGACUGCCUCUCUAAUGGCAGCAAAUAAUGCAGGCCUUAAGGUUAGAGUUUCAGUAAUUUGCUGUGUUUGAGUUAAAGGGUAGGUAACUGUGACUGCCUCUCUAA